AUGGGAAGUAAGAAGAGAAGAACCCCUCGGAGAUCGCUUGCAUUUUCGCAGAAGAAACGAUUCCCUGUAGCUGAACUAGCUAGAGAAAGGGCUACCCUUCGAAAAGAGUAUCUGUCAAAGAGUAAAGAGCUCUCUGCUCUGAGAAAAAAGUUAGAGCGCCUACAAAAAAAUGGCGAGAAAAUACGAGAAUGUGUGGAUCAGCUUGAGCUUGAGGUGACCCCGCCAACUCAAAGCCGUGCGACAGCAUUUGAAAUCUUGCAAAACACUUCUACAAGUAGGAAAAAAAGCCCAACUGAACUCACUGGAGAGGGUAAAUUAAAUUUACCGAGACGAAGUGCCCACAGAAGGCAAUUAGAGACCCUGAUUGCUGCUUCAGAGGUGAACGGAGGUUCCGUGGAAGAUAGAACUCCUGCUCUUGAUGGAAUGUUUUCCACUGUUCUCAAAUAUGGCAAAAUGGCUGAUAUUUCUAAAUAUUUCGAUUCUUCUAAAAAGCUUAAAAGGGCAGCUGCGAUGAAAAUAAAUGCUCAAGCGAAGGAGUACGAGGAAAGCAAUGAAAAUUUAAUCCGUUCCUUAUCUCUACUGUAUGCAGGGGGGAUCAUUGGAAAAGUAAAAUACCAGCAGGGGAGAUCAGCAAUGGUUAUGAGACAUACUGGGAAAAGAACCAUGAAAGGUUAUCUUUCAAGGGAGAGAAUCAAAUUUGGCUUUGGAGUUCCCAUUCCAAGGCCACUUGCUUACAGUGCUCUCAUGCACAAAAUUGAAGAAAUCAAUGUUGGAGAGACCUUGUCAGUGAGAGAAACACUGUGCACUACCUUACCCAGGGAUCAACGAGUUGAUGGGGUCUACAGAGACUUAGAGACAAUGCUAAUUAUGCUUAGUCAAUUUUACUUUGAAACAAAUGAAUUUAGAAAGGACAAUGACAAACUUAAUUGGUUUGGUCACAAAGAAGGAUCCUUUAAAGUGGCAAUUGGGGGGGAUGGAGCACCCUUUGGGAAGUGGGAUGACUCAAUGUCCUGGUUGGUGAGUUUCUUAAAUGUUGGGCCAAGAGUGGCUAGCCCAAAUGACAAUUUUCUUUUAUUUGGUGCCAACUGCAAAGAAGACCACCCAUGUGUAGAGCAAUUUACUCUGCAAUUAACCUCCAAGAUUGAAGCAAUUGAGAAGAAAACAUAUACAGUGUCAGAGAAGCAAGUAACCUUCACUUUUGAACUGGUUCCCUCAGACAUGAAAUUUCUGGCUUUCCUUAAUGGGGAACUUAACAAUGCUGCCACUUAUUUUUCCAGCUUUGCAAAUGUAUCAAGAGAGGACUGUGUUACACUGAAUGGAAAAUUUGGGCUAAUGAAUGAUUGCAAGUGGAAACCAUGGCCAUACAAAGAUAGAUUAAACAUUGCCAAACAGGUAGAAAGUUUUAAGGCAAAGCUUCCCUCCAGCCUUGCAGCCUCAACAAAAAGAACAAAAAUCACCAAAUUUAUUGCCAGUAAUAAAUCAAGGCAGGAAUUUCAGCCACUGAUUGGAAAGUUGUGUGAUAAAGAGGUUGUAGAGCCCCUUCACCUUAAAAACAAUGGGGUACAGCAUUUACACACAAUGCUAUUAAACCUAGCAAUUUCUUCAAGUAACCUCCCACGGAAGAUCUCCAGCCUAUCAGACCUAUCCCCAGCAUGUGCAAUGUCAAGGUACAUGAAGGCACUAGAGUGUGAUGUAAAAGCUGGACGUUUGAAAAAGCAGCUAGGAAAGUGGAUGCUGGAAGAUAGGUCUAAGGACAAAGACUUUUCUUACAGACUGACUGGAAAGGACUCAAGACUUAUUUUGCAUGGGUUUAUGUACCUUGUGAAUGCCAUCAGGGGGGAUUCAGAUGAUCCCAAAUUGCUUAUGAAACUUUUGUUCAUUGUUUUCAUUGCAAUGAAGCUCAGAGAUUGUGCCUCCAUUUUUUCAAUGUACCACAUUACUCAGCCAGCCAUUGAUGAACUCAAGGUCUUAGCUCGGGAUUACUUCACAGCAGUCACACUCUUCACAGGCACUGUAUCAGGGACAGUUUGGAGCAUUGGACAUUUGGUCCCAGUUCACACCCAGUGGGUAUUUGAGAAAUAUGAAACUGGAUUAGGAGUGAACACCAUGCAAGGGAGGGAAGCCAAGCAUGUUCAAAUUGCCAGCUAUGCAAGAAACAGCCUUUAUAAAGACCGCUGGAAUCAGGUAUUCAGGCAUGAUUACAUCAGUAAACUUUGGCUCCCUCUCCGCUAG